AUGCCUACGUACGCUGUCCUCGGCGCCACAGGCAAUACAGGCAGCGCUCUAAUCCAAAACCUCCUGCUUAACCCCUCCAACCGCAUCAACGCCUACUGCCGCAACAAAACCAAACUCCUGCGUCUCCUCCCCGAAGUCGUCGACAACAAAAACGUCACUAUCUACGAAGGCUCCAUCAGUGACCUCGCCCUCAUCAACACCUGCGUGCGCAAUACCCGCGCCGUCUUCCUAACCGUCACAUCCAACGACAACAUCCCAGGCUGCCGGCUUUCGCAAGACUCCACGCAGACGGUCCUCGAUGCACUGCAGCAAAUCCGCACCGAGGAUGGCCCAGAUGCACAGCUACCCAAGCUGGUCCUCCUGUCCUCGGCAACGCUGGACCCGCACCUAUCGCGCAAAAUGCCGGGGUGGUUCCUGCCGAUUAUGAAGACUGCGGCGUCGUUCGUUUACGCGGACCUGGUCGAAGCGGAGCGUAUGAUGCGCGCGAAUGAGUCGUGGAUUCAGAGUAUCUUUAUCAAGCCUGCGGGGCUGUCUGUUGACGUUCAGCGCGGCCAUAGGUUGGACUUUGAUGAGCAGGAAUCGUUUAUCAGUUACUUGGAUCUGGCGGCGGCGAUGCUGGAGGCCGCGGAUGAGGAGACGGGGGUUUAUCUGGGCAGGAAUGUGGGCGUGGUUAAUACGAAUGGGGGCGCGAGGUUUCCGCCUGGGACGCCAAAGUGUAUUAUUGUUGGGUUGUUGAGGCACUUUUUUCCGAGAUUGCAUAAGUAUUUGCCUACGACGGGGCCGACUUGA